AUGGAAUACUUACCUAGACCCAACAUCGUAAGUGCGGACAUACACAUGGUUAGUGUCCCAAAGGAGUCGUGGGCUGAACUGAUUAAGAGAUACCUGGAGGAAGGAACCUUGCCUGUGGACAAGAAAGAGGCCCGAAGGUUGGUGUAUAAGGCUGCUAGGUACACCUUGGUAGAUGGGGUUCUAUACAAGAGAUGGUUCUCGAUGCCACUUCUGCGAUGUGUAGAGGAGGAGGAGGCGCCAAAAGUACUGCAUGAGAUACAUGAGGGUGAGUGUGGUAACCAUGAGAGCGAACCCUCCACGGCCAGGAAGGCCAUGAGACAAGGGUACUACUGUCCCUCAAUGGAGAAAGAUGCAAAUGACUUUUCCAAGAAAUGCGAAAAAUGCCAGAGGCACGCAAACUACACUCAGAAGACCCCAAAUGAGUUAACUAGCAUGACCAGCCCCUGGCCCUUCGCUAUCUGGGGGACAGACUUGAUCGGUGCCCUUCCUACGGGUAGGGGAGGAGGUGGUAGCUGUGGAAUACUUCACCAAGUGGGUUGA